UGUACCACGUGGCUGCUGUACCACCUGACCGCUGUAGAGUCAUAGGUGUUGAUAGUGGUGCCAUGGAAACGCAUACUUCCUAAAUCACGCGUUUCGUUUAAAGACAUUUGGCCCCGUUCGCGUUCCAUAAAUACGAGGUGUCGUGAACUAUGGUCGUGAAAGCUUCUGGAUAUCCACCAUCCACACACUAUGCCCCUCCACCAGAAUGAAGUUCUUUUGCACAUAGCGAGUGUUUUACUCGUGCAGGGUGUGUCUGGUGUUGAUACAAUGUCAGUGUCAGUGAAGGAGGGAGAUACAGUUACUUUAUACGCUGAUGUUAAACCAAACCAACAAGAAAAGAUUAUAUGGUAUUUUAAGGACACUUGUGUAGCUCAAAUCACUGGAGAUCUCAGCGAGAUCUGUACAGAUGUUCAGUGUAAUGAGAGAUUCAGAGACAGACUGAAGCUGGAUCAUCAGACUGGAUCUCUGACCAUCAUGAAGACCAGAAACACAGACUCUGGAGAUUAUAAACUGAAGAUCAUCAACAGUGAAAAGACCUUCAAUGUUUCUGUCCAUGGUGUUCCUGCACUAGAAGUGAAAACAAAGUCAGUGAAGGAGGGAGAAUCUAUCUCUUUAGAUCCUGAUGUGAUAAAACACCCAAAUGAUUUGAUCAAAUGGCAUUUUAAUGACAUUUACUUUACCAAAAUAACUGGCGGUCAUAGUAAUAUCUGUACAGAGGAACUGUUUGAACAUCAGAAUUCAGAGAACUCGGAAUUCAGAGGUAGACUGAAGCUGGAUCAUCAGACUGGAUCUCUGAACAUCGCAAACACCAGGAAAACAGACUCUGGAGAUUAUCAACUGAAGAUCAGCAGCAGCAGCAGCUUCUGUAUCGGCAGCAUUAGGAGCUUCAGUCUUAUUGUCAUUGGUGUUUCCUGUGUUGAGACCGUUGUGUCAGUGAUGGAGGGAGAUUCAGUGUCAGUGGUUGAGGGAGAUUCAGUCACUCUACACACUGGUGUUCAAACAAGGCAUCAAGACAGAAUUAGAUGGUAUUUUAAUGACAUUCGCAUCGCUCAAAUCAAUAGAGAUCAGAGUAAGAUCUGUACAGAUGUUCAGUGUAAUGAAGGUAAUGAGAGAUUCAGAGACAGACUGAAGCUGGAUCAUCAGACUGGAUCUCUGACCAUCACUAACAUCACAAACUCAGACUCUGGACUUUAUGAACUCAUCAAUGACAGAACCCAGACCUUCAAUGUUACUGUUCAUGAUGUUCCUGUUGAAGAAAAAAUGAAGACAAUGGCAGUGAAGGAGGGAGAAUCUCUCACUUUAGAUCCUGGUGUAAAAAAACACCCAAAUGAUGUGAUGACGUGGUAUUUUAAUGACACUUGCAUCGCUAAAAUCACUGGAGAUCAGAAUCAGAUCUGUACAGAUGAUCAAUGUGAACAUGCUGAUGGAAGAUUCAAAGACAGACCGAAGCUGGACAAUCAGACUGGAUCUCUGACCAUCAUGAACACCAGAACCACAGACUCUGGACUCUAUAAACUGGAGAUAAACCGCAGCAUCGGCAGCAUCAGCAUCAGCAGCUUUAAGAGCUUCAGCAUUGCUGUCAUUGGUCUGCAAAGUGUCAAGGAUCACAGUUCAUGACAAAUAAAGGUAUUGUGUUAUAAACUUGUUACCUUGUUAGCCCUUAUGUAUUUGUAGCCUUUAAGAACCCAACUUUGCAGUAAUGGUCAUCGAGGGUUGCUUUGUGAGUUUUGGGAUUUUGCAAGCUCCUGCCACAUAUACCAUCAGCCUGUACCAUCCUGGCCACUGGAUCCAUGUCUGAGUGAAUGAGACUGGCAUCCAGUGUGGCAAAUCCAUGGCUAUGGAGGCCAUCUCUGAACCCUCUGUACCCCAUUUUGACUUAGUUAUGGCCACAGAGUCCGACCAUGAACUCUUUGUCUGCCCUGUUUCGGCCAUGGAGGCAGUCGCUGAAUUCUCUGUGCCCCAUUUUGGCUCAGUUACGGCCACAGAGGCAAACUGUAAAGUUUGUCUCCUCUGUCACAGCUAUGGUGGCCGGCCUCCGCCACGGUCCCCUGACCCUUUGUGGUCUUCGGCUCCAUCAUGGUGGUCUCCAGCUCCACCGGUUUCACCGUGCCCACCUGUCCUGCCGGCUCCACCCUGGAUCCUUGCUCCGUCUCAGUCUCCAAUGCAGAGUUUCUCAAGUUUUCAGAUAGAAUGCCAAAGCAUUGAAAUAUAUAUUUUUAUUAUAUAUUUUUUCAUAACUGUCAGUCAAUCUCUAGUGAUUAUGUAUGUCUGUCUUUAUUGUUACAGAAUCUGGUCGGCCUAUAUGUGCUGGUGUUGGUGUUGCUCUGCUGGUUUCUACAGCUGUAACUGCUGGUGUGAUUUACUGCCGCCGCAAUAACUCUACCCAACCAGGACAGAA